CACUACAGGGUGUGGCAGGAGGUCGUUGAUAAAGGCUACAGAAACGUUCUGAUCUUUGAGGAUGAUGUGCGCUUUGAGCAUUUCUUCAGACGGAAGCUUGAUGCGUUGAUGAUGGAGGCCAAACAGAUGAGGCUCGAUUGGGAUCUCAUCUACUUGGGCAGAAAGGUCAUGGACAAUAGCGACGAGCAGUGGGUUGAGGGCAUGACGACCAUGUGUCAUCCAGACUACUCAUACUGGACACUGUCCUACGCACUGACGAACCGCGGUGCCCGCAAGCUGCUAGCUCAGAAACCACUACAGAAGAUGGUGCCGGUGGACGAGUAUCUACCGAUCAUGUUUAACAAGCAUCCCACGUCUGAAUGGAAGCAUCCAUUCUCACCACGGGACCUGCGGGCAUACUCAGCUGCACCAUUGCUCGUACAUCCAACGCACUACACUAAGGAGCAGAAUUACAUCAGUGACACCGAGGACUCCAUCGUCAUAAACACAGACGAGUUUGGUGGUGUGCCGGCGGUGCCAUCUGGUGGCCCACACACCGUAGACAAGCACGGCGAGCUUUAGCGCCAGUGCUGAUGCAAACCCACCUAUGAAUGGUGUGAAUGUUGGUUUGUGCCACUUCUUGUCAAUAAGUGGUCAUGGUCACUAUACAAGGUCAUGUUAACGAGUACUGUCUGACCUUGAAUAGUGAUCAACAUCUGAGCCAUGGCUGUGCCAAAAUGUAUAACUGUUUUUAUAACCACAGUCCAAUGUUCAUUAUUGUAUUCGCGUAUACGCGUUACAUUAUAUUGAAACUCGUACACUAACCAUGAUUGUGCCAAAUUCUAUUGUUUUUUUUAUAAUCUCAAGAUUAAUGCUGGUGAUAUUGGAAACCAUUGAAUCUCAGUCUCAAAAAUUGGAGACAUAUCUAUUUUAGUACUACAAUCAUUUAGAUGAUAAUUCUUGUUAUUUAAACAUGCCCGUAGAAUGAGGUCUGUGUGCACAAAUCAGAUUUUGGAGAAAUUGGAGACAUAUCUAUUUUAGUACGACAAUUAUUUAGAUGAAAAUUCUUGUUAUUUAAACAUGCCCGUAGAAUUAGGUCUGUGUGCACAAAUCAGAUUUUGACCAUCGUCAGAUUUUGAUUAUUCGUGGUCACAUGAUAACAGGGUCAUUUAGAUGUGAUCAUGUAAAUUUAUAAUGCUGCCAUACCUCAUCUUAAAUGGAUGAGUCCCACCACGCUGAACAUGACAUCAUUUUAGUUUAAUCUUAUAGCCUACUCAAGAAACCACAUGCUUAGUAUUAUGCCAGUAAAAAGGUUGCAGCCGUAAGCUAAGCACACGUAGGCUUCUAGUAGGAACAUUUGCCCAAAUCGCUAAACAGAAUGAUGAGGUCUUUGAUAAAUAUGCCCAAUUAUUUAUUCUUGGGAUCAAGUCACCGAUAAAUGGUAGUAUUGAUUUUUGUCUUGGGAUUCCUUUAUCCUAGACACAAGUGGUAGUGUCUUUUUUAAAUUUUAAAUUACUUAGUGUUUAUAAUUUUCCAUGAAUAUUCUAUAGCUACAUUGGAAAUUUCCAAUGUAGGAAAGGUCGUGUCUUGUCAAAUUUGAUCCUGAAUCUGCUAGUCAUAUAGUCAGUCGACACUGACAAUUUAUAGUUUUUUUACUAUGGAAAAAUAAUCGGGAAAUUUUUUGUUACAAUUCUGUGAUGUGCCGAUUAGUUUCACAGAUUCACAUAUGUGUGAAUUAAAGUUCACCCCACCUUGGUAGACAUUUCUUAUACAUACUAUAUAAAGGUCAUGUUGAUCUGCGAUAUCUGACAUAUAUACAUUGUUGCUUUUUGUUCAUUGUGAUUGAAAGUUGAUUAUGUAAUGCUUGGCCAUCAUUAUAUAUGUAAGAUUAUUUAGUAGUUGCCAGUCAAAUUUGUGCAAUCAAGAAAUACAUAACGCACAGCAUAUAAUUGUAACAAUGUCGUUUAUACUACUAAAUAAAAUACUACGUUUUCAAUAAACUGAA